AUGGCAGAGCACACAUUUACUUGGCCACAGGGCCCCAAUGACGUUAUAAUCACCGGAGACUUCGACAAGUGGAGCGGAAGCCUACCGCUGGUGAAAAGCCCCAGGGGAGACUUUGCCCUUACUGUGCCCAUCGAGCAAACGUCAAGCGACAAGUUCCAUUUCAAGUUCAUUGUGGACGGUCAAUGGCAAACCAGCAAUGAAUACAAGACGGAAACGUCGCCAGAGGGCAUCUCCAACAACUACCUGGUGGUUUCGUCACUAUCGAGCUUGGUGCCCAAGUCCUCCAGCGCGACUGGCGCGAAGAUACCUGAAAUUGGGCUCAAUUUGGUUGCCCCCGAGGUUGCAGCACCCGUGUUGGGCACGCAGGCUCCCCCAAAGGCGCAACCUGCGCCACGCUCCAACAAAAAGAGCAAGAAGAAGAAGAUUCAAAUCAAGCGGAGAAUUCGCAGAAACAAGAAGACGGGCGAGAGGACGGUUUUGUCGGAAGAGAGAUCCGAACUGAAGUCCGGAACCGACAGCGAGACUUACGAGACGGAAGAGACCGCCACUGCCACUGCCACGUCGAGAGAAGAGACGCCAGUGUCGUUGGAGUUGGACCCCGCGGUCACUAAGGCCCAACAUCAAAACGGCUUCCAAAGCACCGUCAUGCCCUCCACUGAAAACAAACAAACCACGUUAGGAGAGCCGGGAAUCGCCAUAAUCCCUAACGCUGGCGAAAUCAAGGAGUUUUCUGAAGUUAGAGAUGUCGAUGGGGACGAACUGAAUGAGAGACUUAACCGUGAAAUGGCCGAAAAAAAGGCCGCUAAGAACAAAGCCUCUGAGACUGCGGCCGAUCUGAAGCAUCCUGUGGUGGAGAAGGAUAUGGUAAUUCCGGGAGGAGAACUAACUGAUCCACAAUUCACCCAGGGUGAUGAGCCUGACUUUCCCAUCAAAGAAAAGGACCUUAGUGCCCCAGGUUUCCCGGUUGUCGCCAAAGAGGAAACUGAAGGUUCUGCUGCCCCCAUUGGAACCUCGGACUCACUCGACAAUGGCAUCGUUCGCGCGGAUGUUGUUCCUGAGGUUGUGCCCGUCCCUGAAGUAACUCAGACCGAACAACUUGCAGUUGAAGAGCCUAUAGCCAAAGAGCUGGCUGUUGAGGAGCCGAUCGCCAAAGAGCUGUCUGUUGAGGAGCCCAUUACCAAAGAGCUGGCUGUUGAGGAGCCCAUUACCGAAGAGCUGGCUGUUGAGGAGCCCCUUACCGAAGAGCCAGCAGGUAAAGAGCUUCCUACUGGAACUACUGGAUUGGCCGCUGCAGCUGCAGCUGCAGUAGCUGCUGAUGCUGCAGCGGAGCUCGAAAACAACGAAGAUGUGCCAACCGAUGAAGGUGUUUUACCAUCAAAGGAUGUUGAGGUGGAGCCUCACGAGCCAACUGCUGCCGUCCAAGAGCAAGAAACCCCCGUUGAUUCCCAAUUUGAUUCCCUUCCCGUGGUUGAAAAAGUUAGUCCUUUGAAAGAGGCUGGCCUUUCGUUGGAAGGGGGUGACUCUUCUAUGCAGGCAGUCAAAGGUCUCGACACUCCACAAAGUAUGCAGGUCGCAGAUGCCAAAAAGAGUGACGUCGUUCCUCCAGCUUUGAGUGAAAAUGAUGGAGUUGCUCCACCAAUCGAAAGUUCCUUGCCAACAGACUCCUUCGCAGCAGAACCAGUCAAUGACGUGGAUAUAGUCGUUGUAGAGGGAACACUCGACGAACUACCUCCUAAGAAAUCAACAACUACCGAACCUAGCACCUUGCCAGACGUUUCGGCUUCCAACGAAGAGCCUUUGGGAGAGAUUGAAGGUAUACCUAAACCUUCUGAUCUCGUAUCCAAGGAAUCAGGAGAUGCACUUGAUAACGGUACCGAGAAGGCUGCACCUGUAGUAAGUGAAGAAAUUGGUGUCAUAACAUCACCUGAGCAAGAAGCAGAAUUGAUUCGCAAGACAUUGGAUCCAAAGGCCUCUCAUCCAGGGGAAACCGAGGAGCUCCUGAUUGUUGAGGGAGACAUCCCCCCCUCUCAAAUCAAGGAAUACCAGGAUGCCAGUGACGCCGCCGCUGCUGAAGCUAUUGCCCAUCAAGAACCAGAAGAAGUUGUUGCUGAACAAGACGAAGUGGCAAAAGACACUGUGAAGCCUAAAAAGGAGUCACCUCCGCAACAGAAAACAGGUCCAGCGAGUCCGGAGAAAAAGAAGAAGAAGAAGGGUCUUUUCUCUAAAAUUAAGAAGAUCUUCCACUGA